GCGCACGCUGCCGUUGCCGCCGCCCCCCCCCUUCCCCUCAGGUUUGUCAUCGUGUCGCCGGCCGAAGGAGGAAGAGGAAGGGGAGGGAGAGAGAGGAGGGAUGAAGAGGCCGCCGCCGUUCGCAUCCGUGACGGGCGCCUGAAGAGCUCCGCGCUUGGGACGGCCCCUUUCCCACCACAGGCGCCGCUCGCUCGGGGGAAGGGCUGUGUGUGAACGUGGAGAUGAGCUAAGCCCUGUCCCCCGGAGCCGCCUGAGCAGACCCGGCUCCCUCCCUCCUCCCGCCCCGUCCCUGCCGCCGCCGCCGCCGCCAUGGCUCACUCCCCCGUGCAGACGGGCCUGCCGGGGAUGCAGACUCUGAAGGCAGAUCCAGAAGAACUGUUUACAAAACUGGAGAAAAUUGGUAAGGGCUCUUUUGGUGAAGUUUUUAAAGGAAUUGACAAUCGGACUCAGAAAGUGGUUGCUAUAAAAAUUAUUGACCUAGAAGAGGCAGAAGAUGAAAUAGAAGACAUCCAACAAGAAAUCACAGUGCUGAGUCAGUGUGACAGUCCAUAUGUAACUAAAUAUUACGGAUCCUAUUUAAAGGAUACAAAAUUAUGGAUUAUAAUGGAAUAUCUGGGUGGAGGCUCUGCCCUUGAUCUAUUAGAACCUGGUUCACUUGAUGAAACCCAGAUUGCUACAAUAUUGAGGGAGAUACUCAAAGGACUUGAUUACUUGCAUUCAGAAAAGAAAAUCCACAGAGAUAUUAAAGCUGCUAAUGUAUUGCUAUCUGAACAAGGAGAAGUAAAGCUAGCAGAUUUUGGAGUAGCUGGACAACUAACAGAUACACAGAUAAAGAGGAAUACCUUUGUGGGAACACCAUUUUGGAUGGCACCUGAAGUAAUAAAGCAAUCGGCAUAUGAUUCAAAGGCAGAUAUCUGGUCAUUAGGCAUAACAGCCAUAGAACUUGCAAAAGGAGAGCCACCUCAUUCAGAAUUGCAUCCAAUGAAGGUUUUGUUCCUCAUUCCUAAGAACAAUCCCCCAACACUGGAAGGAAACUUCAGUAAAUCCCUCAAGGAAUUUGUUGAGGCCUGCUUAAACAAGGACCCAAGCUUUAGACCUACUGCAAAAGAGCUCUUAAAACACAAAUUUAUUUUACGAAACUCAAAGAAAACUUCCUACCUGGCUGACCUUAUUGAUAGGCACAAGAGAUGGAAAGCUGAACAAAGUCAUGACGACUCCAGUUCUGAUGACUCAGAUACUGAACAGGAUGGCCAGGCUUCAGGUGGGAGUGAUUCAGGAGAGUGGAUCUUUACAAUAAGAGAAAAAGACCCCAAGAAUCUAGAGAAUGGAGCAGCCCAGCCUUUGGAGUUGCAAAGAAAUAAGGAAAAGGAUAUCCCAAAGAGGCCUCUGUCCAAAUGCCUGUCUACAGUUAUAUCCCCUUUAUUUGCAGAGUUGAAAGAGAAGAGUGAAGUGUGUGGUGGUAACACAGAUUCCAUAGAAGAACUGAGAAAGGCUAUUUAUUUAGCUGAGGAGGCUUGUCCAGGCAUUGCAGAUAAUUUGGUGUCGCACCUUGUGCAGAGGCUUCAGAGAUACUCACUAGCUGGAGGAAGUACUUCAUCGUACUGACCAACUGUUCCUGACUUUUCUGAGACAACAGAAAUCUCACAGUAUCUGCAGUGAAGGCGUACACCCUAAUGUUGUUCUGCUCCUCAGUCAUUGGAAUGUCCUUUAGUGGAAGGACAUUCCUAAACAUACAAGAGUGAAAAGGAAGUCUCUCAGAUGGAGGCAGUCCUUUUCAGCUCCUUAAAGCUGUAAUUUUUUUAAAAAUGAUAAUGCACAUAUUCCAGGGAGGUGACUUUUUGUAAAAUCUGAAAUGUAUAUUUAGGUUUGUGAUAGAGAAAUUGAAGAUAUUGAGAAACCUCAGGUAUCUUGCUUUAAGAAUUCCACUGGGAGAUGGUGUAUGUUGGAAUUGUGUACAGAUAUGUAUAUAAUGUCUUUUAUAACUGAAAGCCUUUCAACGUGCAUAAGGAAUCACUGUGUACAAAAUGGUAAAGUGCUUUUGUAGAUAAUGUUAGUGGGAUAAAUAUUUGACAGGCCAUAACUGAGUAUUGCCUUGCCUUUAUUACAUGUAAAUUUUGAAUUCUGUGAUAAGUGACUCUUGGUUUGAUUUUUGUAUGUGAAGGAUUUGCCAUUGAAAGAGUUAAUCCUGUACCAUGGAACCUUCUUCUAGUACCUCAGCAAAGACACAACUUUAUUCUGUUUCUCCAGUAUUUCUUCCUUUUUAAUCUAUAUUCCGAGCGUGACUUUCUAAUUAUGGUACUACUUCUGGUUGGUUUAAUUCACCUUGUCUCUCAAAGCUUUAAGUUUAAAUUAUUGUUUUUCCUAAAGAAUGAGCUCUUUUAGUUUUUCAGUUUUAAAUUGUGCCAAUGCAAAUUCUGAACACUAUGUAUUGUUCAAUUUUAGUAAUAGGUGUUUGUGAAGCCUGUAGUGAAAUUCAGAUACAAUCUUAUUUUCACCUGACCAUGUUUGAAUGCUCACGCAAAUAAAUUUUUAUUACCUUCAUUUAUUCUGAAAUAUCUCCUUCAGAUGUUGGCUCUGAGCUCUGAGACAGUGGCAAGUAUUUCUUCAUCAUGCCUACUUUUAUCAUUAAAAUGAAUGUCUUACAGUGUAAAGGAAAAAUUAUCCAUAGACUCAAUAUUCGUUCUUGCUGCCUAAAUCUGUGCGUCUCUUUACUGAAAGUGAUGGAUAUCAGACAGAAAGGCUGCAGAGCUGAGCCUGAGUGGUGUAUGCUGUGUCCUAUAACAGCAAAUGCUGAGAUUUCCACUGUUCUGUGAGUGCUCCUAGUAGCUGACUUAACAUUUUACAGUUCUUGGAAACAGUAACACUAGUGAUACGCGCUGCUGACUGGACAGCAUUUUUGUUUUUUCACAGUAUUACUCUAGGUUCACCUUGGGUUUUUUUACCAAGGCUAUAUUCAGGUGCUGCUUAUUCUUGUAGCUAGGAGAGCUUUUUUGCCUUGUUUUUCAUGAAAAAAUCAAUGAUUUUACAUUUUGCAUGACAGUGAGGUAACUUAUCUGUUUAAUUAAAAAAACAUACGGAUUUUGGAACAGAAAGGAUUAAAACUUUUAAAAAGUACAGGUGUAUCUACCUGCUUUGGUACAAAAAGACCCAGGUUCUCUAAGCAGUCUGGAAGCUGGUGAGGUGUCCUUGCAGAAAGAACUUCAUAUCACCCUCAUUCUAUGCAUAUUAUUAAUUGCCUUAAUUAUUAAUGUAAUAAUUUAACAGUAUGAGGACACUGAAGCUAUGAACUUCUGACCUGGUUGAAACAAGUUUGAAGAAAUGAGUGGACGUGUGCUUGCUCUAACCAGUGUUCUUAGACCCAAGACGGUUGCCAGCAUAAUGAGGUAGUGGUUUUCCUUUAUGGCUACAUGGAUUUAAGGUAAACUGAACAAUGCCUAAGUUUGAGCAAUGUUUUAUAACUCCUUUUUAAUGAAUAUCUUUAAAUAUGUUGGCUUGUGUGCUCUUAAACAUUAAGGUUAGGCUUUACCCUUGAGGAAGCAAAUUUAGCUCUGCUAUUGAAAAAUGGGCGCCUGGAUACAGUGCCAUGGGAAACUUACCCGUGACAUCUCAGUAACAGAACAUUCAGCCCUUCCUUCAGUAAAUACGUGCUGUUACAGCAUACAGAAACAAAUUGAUGUGUUUGCAUUUGAAAUACAGGUAGAUUAACAGAAACUUUUCUCCAGUCAUCUGUUCAUAUGAGGAUUUUAAAUUAAAGUGAGUGCACUUGGAGAUGCACAGAGCUCAGAGAUUUAGCGUGGAAGUUAAAUUUACGGUGCUGGCUGAAACAUCAAUUUCUCAAUUAGCAAAUUAAAUGAAAUUGCAGGGUAUGCUCUUUUUGAACAAUCAUUUAAAAAGUUAUACACACAUUUAUUGUUUGAGUUGCAUUUCAGUUGUUCCAGGGCUGUAUGUUGAGGAAAUGCUUCUCAGAGUAGCUUGUGGCAGAAUUUGCUUGGUAAAUGCAUCCUUUGGUUUGGGAACUUAAGAUGCGUAAGAGUUGGCAAUUGGGCAACUCUUGGGCAAGGGCAAUUGGCCAGAAGGCUGGGACAUUUAGGAAAAGACAAGACCUCAUUUAUGGUAGAGAUGUGUAUUUUUAUAUGUAAUAUAUAGGUUAUUUAAAUAUAGACUAUCUUAAACUGAGAUUCACUAAAAAAAAAGUGUGCUUUAUCUUGAAUGUAAAAUUACAAUCAUUUGCUUUGGAAAGUACUGAUGCUUUAAAAAUUGGAUCUAUAUUGGUAACAGAAGGGGAGCUUUGUUUGAAAGAAGCCUGGCCUCAGUUUCUGAGAGAAAAAGAAGCGUAUUGAUAUUUUAAGAGGUUAUUUUAUGCUAAAAUCAUGUCUGUGUUUGUUAUAAUGUUGCACUGAUGAUUUUUCUGUGCAGAUAGUACUUCACUUAGUCUUGAAUAUACUAAGCGACAAAACUAGCCCUAUUUAUGCAAACAUUUAAAUUACUGGAACUGCUUCUUUUGUCAGGGAUUUCAAGAUUAGGCAUUAAAUAAACUCCCUGUUUAAAGAAAAUAAAAUCAGUCAUUUGAACUGAAGGCUUGCUUUUUGUAAGUAUCAGAUGUGUAAUCUAUUUUUUUAACUUAAUUUUCCUUGCAGUUGCACUUUGUUGAUCACCAGUUUACUAAAGGAUGAUGGCAUGAUCGCUGUCAUUCUGAAUGCUUUUAGUGUGCUAACAGAGCAGCUCUUCCUCUGAAGAGCCACAGUUCCUCUGCAGCUCAAAACAUUUUGUGCCCAUCCACGUUGGUAUGGACAGAUGAACCAGUUACUGCGGAAUGAUUUACCUGUGGUGUUGCACCCUCAUGGUACAGGGGGAAGGUAAGAGCGUGUACAUUGGCACUUACUUACCUGCAAAGCAGUUACUACUGUGAGUUCCUGUCCUCCUCUAUCCACUGUAACUCCUUCAUCUGCCUCUGCUUUCAGUGUGCUUGUGAAAUGUUUAGCUCUUACUACUUCAUGUGGCAUUCUGUAUUAUUUUUUUUAAACAACAUGGUACCAGUCUGUAAUAGUUUUACUUUUAAGGAAGCGUAUUUUUGCCUUCAAAUAUGUCACUGCUGGAACAUUACCAGAAUUGCUAAGAAGCACGGGGAUAACGCAAGGAUCAGUACAAUCGCAAAUUAUUUUUCUAAGUUGCUGGGGAGGAGCUUGAAGUAUAGCACAGACCUGCAAGCUUGCUCUUUUUAACUGUAUUUUGCAGAUGUGCAAGCAUCUGCAGUGGACAAAGUGUCUGCAGUGGUUUCCUGCCGCCUUGGAAAGCAUCAUUACAGAGGACGAUUCCAGUGUGUAUCUGGUUUUCUGUAAUAUUGCUGUCUGUUUAUAACCGUGUAUUUAAGUUUUACUUUUGUCACUCUACACCAACAUACUAAAACUUGUAAACUACAUGACCUAGAAAUAAAGAAGGAAAAGUUUAAUGGAAUUUUGCCAUCUGAGUGGUCAGUAAGAGAGAUUGGGGGCUCUCCUCCCAGAAGGGGAUGCUCCUGCGGGGUUCUACCUCAGCUAUUGCCCCUAUGUUGGUAAUGGUAAGCAGAAAGGUUAUAAAUUGGGGAUCAGGUUUUAGUUGUAAUAAUCUUAGAAUUUGUACAAGACAAAACUCUUGUAUAAACUCAUCACUUUCUGAACAUCGAGAAUGUUUUUUGCCAUUGGGAAAUUUAAUAAGCUUAUUUCUGACAGAUGGUCUAGCUAUGUGAGAAGUUUACUUCUUUUUUUGAUUAAUGUGUUUUUCUAUCUAUCUCCACACAUGAGUGACUGAUGAUAGCGUACUGUUUGGGUUAAAUAUGUGCAGCUCUGUAUUAUGGUUUGUCCUGUGGCAAGACAAUGUGCCCAUUUACAGAGGGCAGCAAUUGAAAACCUGCUUUGCAUUCCCCAUCCUGCCAGCCCAGUGACACUGAUGAAGAGCUUGUAUCAAGUUGCAUUAACGGAAGCCCAAAUACUGUAUUGUAACCUGUGACAAACCAUGUGACAGCUGCACUCCUGUAAUUAUAUUUCAUUACCAUCUUCUGCUAUUAAAAACUGUAUGUGUGCCA